AUGUUUGAGCAGCAACGCUUCGUAGAUUUACAAGAAAAUUCGAGUUUCACCAAUCCUGGCUUUCCGAUAAUCACAACAUCACGAACGGCGGCAACUCGUCCCGAACUCAGCCCUCACUCUCUUACUCUAAUCCAAUUUGGAUCUCGCCCUUUACAACGAUCUCGUCGAGAUGAUCCCUCUCGAGCAGAAAGCAAACAUUCAUUUACAAGGCGUGGUUCAAUGAUAUACACCAAAACCCCUUCCAGGGAAUCCUUAUCUCGAAAGCAUAGCCAAUUGGAAUUGUUAAUUUCAUUGAGGGAACAGCUGGAGGAUCUGCAAAGAAAGUUGUUCGAGAAAGAUGAGCUUUUGAAAUCAGCAGAGAUUUCAAAGAAUGAGAUCAAUAAGACUCACACGGAACUUGAUAGAUUGAAGCGACAUGCCGUGGAGAAGGACUCUUUGACUAAAUCUAUUCAGAUGCAACUCUCUGAUGCCAAGAUUAACUUGCAGACAAGCAGGCUGCCCUGGAAAAGACGCAGUGGGAAGCAAUGACAUCAAAGCAACAGGUGGAGAGAUGCAAAAUAUUAUUGACUCCAUGCGAGGAGAAUUUCAACAUUUAUGACGUUUCUAAAUGGUUUGACAAAGAAUAAUCCCACUACAGAUGCUGAUGACUGUGAUCUAGAACAUACCAUUUAGAUCCUCUCCCUUAUAUGGAUGAUGUCGAUGACAAAGAGAUGCUGAAAUGGAAGAAGGCAAGCUUAUCUUGUUGCACUUGCUGCUACAAAAGAGAAGAUGAAGAUCCAUGACAGCUG